UGGGUUUAUCGCCGUGAUCGAUUGUUAGCAAAUUUAAAUACUAACAAUGGGAUUGAACGACAAAACGAAUCAUUCAAACAUGCUAACUGUGAUUGAAGAAUUCUUUUCAGAUAAGUUAGAACAUAAUUCAGAGUCCAAUUUCAAAAUGAAUUGUCAAUACAGACGUUAUAGUAACAACAUCCCUGAAUACUUACAUAAUAGGCCACAUCAUUUUGUUAAGCAUUGUUUGCAGAAAAUUGAUUUGGCUAACAAAACUGACUUAGAUGUAGUAUUAUUAAACGAUCAUGGAUUGUUUAAAGCCAAUAGCUUUUCAGAUAAAAAUAAAAACUACAUUGUUUAUUUUGGAGAUAAAGAUACAAUGCCAAAAUGUACCUGUGUUGCCUGGUCGCAAUCAGCCUACCUUUGCAAGCAUUUUUUCCUAAUAUUUAGAAAAUAUCCACAGGCUUGGUCUUGGCAAUCAUUAUCAUUUUUAUAUAGGGAAUCCCCUUUUCUUAAUAUUGACAUUAAAAAUGACUUGAUAUUACAGGAACCAUUCAUAUACAAUGCAUUUGUAUAUGAAUGGUUCCUAUAAUAUAACUUGUAUAUGAAUGGUUCCUAUAAUCAUGUAAAAAAUAAUAUUAAUGAAAAUGAUAUUACUGACAAUAACACUAAUUCUAUCCUUUCAACCCCUGAUACAGUAUCUUUAAAACCUUCUGAUGAAAUUAAUUGUAAAAGGGCUUUUGCUGUUUCAGAAGUA